GUCAUGUGAAUACAAUCAACUUGCACCUUCGGACCCCACACGUACACACACACACAUGCACGCACGCACGCACACACAUACAAGAGGAGAAGCUGCUUCCUUCUCCUUUCUGAACCUUCCGACUAUCUCCUUCAGUUGACCCCAACCUUAUAAAAGACUUAAUAUCUCAUAAAUUUCUCAUCUCCCCACAUAGACUUUCUUGUGUGUAUAUAUAUCUACAUCUGAUAAUAGCUUCAUCUCCUGCUCCUGCAAGAUCACCUGAACUCGAUUCCUGAUCUCAGACCAUUUUCCGGCCAUUUCCUGACAUGGGUACCCCCGAUUGCACCGAUACCUCGAUCGGUUCGGUCGAACAAGUGGGUGUCGUGAUAGAUGUGGACGAGCCGAACGUCGCCCUGCCACCGCCGGAGAAGCGAACCCACGAAGAACUGCAGCGGAUGGGGAGCGGGAGCAUUGUCGUCGACCCGGAGCCCGGCGCCGAGGCCGACUCCAUGCCGUCGACGAGGAAGCUCCCGUCUUCUCAAUACAAGGGCGUGGUUCCCCAGCCCAAUGGCCGGUGGGGGGCGCAGAUAUACGAGAAGCACCAGCGCGUCUGGCUAGGGACGUUCAACAAGGAGGGCGAGGCGGCGAAGGCCUACGAUAUCGCCGCCGUGAAGUUCAGAGGGAAGGACGCGAUCACCAACUUCAAGCCCCUGGCGGAGGACGACAUAGAGUUCCUAUUUCUCAGCUCCCACUCUAAGGCUGAGAUAGUCGACAUGCUCAGGAAGCACACCUACUAUGAUGAAUUGAACCAGAGCAAGAAGAACAGGCUGAUGAUGUUGUCCAGUGAUAAAUCGGAGAGGUUUUUGACGUUUGAUGUGUUGUCUGCACGUAAGAUGGCGUUGGGCAGGGACGGUUUCCGGCUCAGGGAAGAAGACGAGACGGAGUUGCUUUUCGAGAAGGCCGUCACGCCGAGCGACGUCGGAAAAUUGAACAGGUUGGUGAUACCCAAGCAGCACGCCGAGAAAUACUUUCCCAUGGAGGUGGCGAGCUCGAGCGCAUGCAAGGGCGUGCUCCUGAAUUUCGAAGACGAGAAUGGCAAGGUGUGGAGGUUCCGGUACUCCUACUGGAACAGCAGCCAGAGCUACGUGCUCACCAAGGGGUGGAGCCGCUUCGUCAAGGAGAAGGGCCUCCGCGCCGGAGACACGGUGAGCUUCGCCCGCUCCAAUGGAUCCGACCGGCAGCUCUACAUCGGUUGGAAGGCAAGGCCGACCGGAAUGGCAUCCGGAAUCGUGCCUCCGGUCCACCCUCAGGUCAGAAGAGGAUGCUUCCUGUGGCCGACGACGACGCCGGCCAGACCGGAGAUUCAGUCUGAACCGUCCGUCCGGCUCUUCGGCGUCGACCUUCUCAAGACGCCGAGUCUUAGUUUGAAAAGGGGCGGCGAGUUGGAUCUGAUGAGCAGGGAGAGCUGUAAGAAGCAGUGCUGUUAGGGAUCUGUAAUUCUUUCUUUUUCCACGAGGGGGAACUGUAUAAUGCUCAACACAGUCCUUUUUCUUCUCUCUCUCUCUUUUUUUCCCAGUCAUCUUCCUUUUGGGAGUACUGCAGUAGAAUUAGCGCUUGUUUUUGCCUGCAAAGGUUUGUUUUAUGUACAUAAUGGAAAUUUUUUUUCUGGUUGAGAUGACAAAAGAUGGUGAUGUUUUA